UCAAGUCGCAUUAUCUUUUAUGCGUGGUUACUUUUUGCAAUCCAAUCCGCUGUUUUCUUGAAUUUUUCUGGUUUUAAACGUACUGAUCAAUCCGCCAAAGCGAUCACUAUGUUCGGUACGCCAACCCUAGGCGGAGCGUCCGCUUUCGGUGGAACCACAACGGCUCCGACGAAUCCGAUGAAGGAUUUCGAAGUGACUUCACCACCGGACGAUACCGUGUCGGCAAUGGAGUUUAGUCCGCCUACAAUGCAGCAGAAUUUUUUGAUUGCCGGCAGCUGGGACUGUAGCGUUCGCUGCUGGGAGGUAGAACAGACCGGCAAAACGGUAGGAAAGUCCAUUAAGACCAUGGGCGGUCCAGUGCUGGAUGUUUGCUGGGCCGAUGACGGAAGCAAAGUGUUCAUCGCUUCGGCUGAUAAGCAGGUUAAAUGCUGGGACUUGGCUUCGGAUCAGGUAGUUCAAGUAGCUCAGCACGAUGCUCCCGUCAAAACAUGCCAUUGGGUUAAGGGAACCAACUACACCUGCCUGAUGACUGGCUCGUGGGAUAAAACUAUGAAAUUCUGGGACACUCGGACGCCGCAACCGAUGAUGUCGAUUCAACUUCCGGAACGGUGCUACUGUGCCGACGUUGAUUAUCCGAUGGCUGUCGUUGGAACAGCCGGAAGACACGUUCUGAUCUAUUCCUUGGAGAAUAAACCAACUCAAUACAAGCAACAGGAAAGCCCACUCAAGUAUCAGCACCGAACUGUUUCCAUUUUCCGCGACAAGAAGAAAGCUCCUACUGGAUAUGCGCUGGGUUCAAUUGAAGGCCGCGUUGCCAUUCAGUAUGUAAAUCCGAUCAACCCUAAGGACAAUUUCACUUUCAAGUGUCACCGAUCGAAUGGCGCCAACGGUUACCAAGAUAUCUACGCAGUAAACGAUAUCGCAUUCCACCCUGUACACGGAACUCUGGCCACCGUCGGUUCGGACGGUACCUUCAGCUUCUGGGACAAGGACGCGAGAACCAAGCUCAAGUCUUCGGAAACGAUGGAUCAAUCUAUUACCAAAAGUUGCUUUAACGCAACCGGACAGAUCUUUGCAUACGCCGUUGGUUACGAUUGGUCCAAGGGCCACGAGUACAACAACCCCCAGAAGAAAACCUACAUUUUCCUGCGUUCCUGCUACGAAGAGCUCAAACCGCGAGCAACUAACUAAACCUCUCUAGAAAUUAGAAUGUGAAUUAUCACAGCUUGAUACGAUCAAUAAAUCCUAUACGUUGGAGCUUAACAUUUUGCACCUUCCACGGUUUAUUUUAAGUUUUAAAAAGAAAGUUUUCCCUAACUUCAACGAUCGUUCACCGUCCUCUUUGUUUCCUAGUGAUGACCAUGCUUAUCAUCGCCAUGAUCACCAUGUCCAUGACCGUGGUAAUCAACUCCCAGAGCGAACUC